CCACCUGAUGUCAUCGACAUUCGCCAAGAAAGCAUGGUGAUACAGCUGUCAUUAAAACAUGAUGCUAACAUGAUGCUAACAUGAUGCUAACAGACGUAAGGUGACUUCUGAAGCCUCCCUGCUGAUCUAAACCGGGAUCUUCAUUCAUUCGCAUUUUAUACUCGUGUUAGCUGCUAGUUACAGACCGACAUGCACUCUGUGAAGGUCGGCUGUUUGGCUGCGUCCAGAGCUCUCUCCUCCAGUAGGACUCUCCGUCCCGACUCUGUUAAAGUGUUUGCCUGUUGUGGACUUCAUGGCUCUGUGGGUCAGACUCGCUCUUGUCAAACAGCAGCCACGCCGGGUGAGACCGCAGUUAUUCGGAUCCCUCGCUACAUGCAGACGCGCGUCGACAACGUGAAGCAGACUCGAGGUAAAUUCAAGAUCAACACCAUCAAAGGUGGCAGGAUCCUGAUCCAGAGCAAAGACCCUAACCUGAACCAGUCUGUGGGAUACAUACUUGGGAAGUUCGAGCAGCCUAGUCUCUGUUCUAAAGGAUGGAAACACAACAGAUCAUUUGGCGACUAUUUCACCAUCAACAACAUCAAGGCUGUUGCACCCUUUGUUGCUGAAAACCAGGAGGAUGUUGAACAGCAAGCAUCGUUUAGUAACCUCCGCAUCUGCAAGGAGCUGGUGGAAGCUUUGGAUAAGAUGAACAUUACCCAUCCCACCACUGUACAGCUGCAGACCAUCCCAAAGGUCAUGAAAGGUCAGAACAUUGUCUGUGCUGCAGAGACGGGCAGUGGGAAAACGCUGAGUUACCUCCUGCCUGUUGUUCACAGACUGCAGGCCGAUAAAGAAUCCGAGACGUACGAUGAGGGAGCGCACAAGAUUCGCGCUGUGGUUCUUGUGCCUUCCAGAGAGUUGGCUGAGCAAGUGGCAGCUGUAUCCAGGACUCUGUGUGCUCCAUUUGGUUUGCUUACAAAGACUGUGGGUGGUGGCCGAGGUGUAGGACACAUCAAGAUGGUCUUUAAGGGGGAUCAGCCGGAUAUUUUGGUGGCUACACCGGGUGCUUUGGUGAAGGCCCUUCGGAGACGCUACCUGGACUUCAGUGAGUUGAGCUUCUUCGUUGUAGACGAGGCCGACACCAUGUUUGACCCCAGCUUUUCUGAUAUGCUGGAGAACAUCCUGCUCCACACAAACAUCGCUAGUAAUCCCAAGGAAAUACGAGGCCCGGGGCACAAAGCCCAGCUGUUGGUGGUGGGGGCCACGUUUCCGGGUGGUGUUGGGGAAGUGCUCGGCAAGGUGACAGACCUCGGCAGUAUGGUGGUCAUCAAGAGCAAGAUGCUGCACUUCCUCAUGCCACAUGUCAAGCAGACGUUCCUGAAGGUGAAGGGUGCUGACAAGAUCCUGGAGCUCCAUCAAGCCCUGAAGAUGCUCCAACAGGACAAAGGAGGGGGUGCUGUUGUGGUGUUCUGCAACAAGUCUGCCACCGUCAACUGGCUGGGAUAUUCGCUGGAGGAGAUGGGGGUGCAGCACGUACGUCUGCAAGGGGAGAUGCCCGCUGUUGUGCGUGCAGGAAUCUUCCGCUCCUUCCAGAAGGGAACGGUCGACGUGUUGAUAUGCACAGACAUUGCGUCACGUGGCCUGGACACGUCCCGAGUGCGCUUGGUUGUCAACUACGACUUCCCAGAAACCCAUACAGACUACAUCCACAGAGCAGGGAGAGUGGGGAGGGCAGGAGGGGUGGAGGAUGGGGAGGUGCUCAGUUUUGUCACUCAUCUGUGGGAUGUGGAGCUGGUGCAGAAGAUUGAAACCGCUGCACGUAGAAGAACUAGUCUGCCAGGGAUGGAGUCUGAUAUACAUAAGCCAAAACCCAAAGCAGUAGAAGUAGAGGGGUAGAUGUGGGGUUUUUUGUAUGCUUGCAAGUGGAAGAGCUUCUCAUCUGUGUAGUGUUGUAUUGAUAAACAAUAAAUCUACAAAAUAUUGUCAGCAGAAAUGGUAAGCAAGAUAACUAUUCAAAGUAAUGACAAAAAAAUGUUUCUCCUCUGUCUACUGUGACAUAUUCCCCCAGUUUUGGUUGACAGGGAUGGAAAUUCUACAAAAAUUAACCCAAGACUCUGGAAAUCGCCCAGCGUACGCUUGAAUCUUCUUUCGCCAUGAUUUAAAAAAAAGUUGUUAACCUGUAUGUCCUGAUGUAAAAAAUGUUUGUAUGUGCACAUUACAGAUGUUUGUUCUUUAGAUGUAAUAUACUACUAAUCUUACAGUACUGUCAAUCAACUGAUGCAGUAUUCAUAUUAAAAAUGCUUCAAUUUCACAGUAAAAUGUAAUUCUGUAUUCUUCUUAUCUUGUUUUAUUUAUCUUAUCUAUUUAAUUAAACUGGAAAUGCAAAAUCUUUGAAGAAUAUAACA